UUCACGCUGACAUCAAACUUUUGAUAAAAUAAAGAAAAGUGCUGUUUUGGUUCGAUAGAAACAUACAGUUAAUGUUUGAAAAUGUCCAAAGACUCGUGGGCAGUUGCUGUCGAUGUUCAAGAAGCUACAACUCCAUCCAUACAGUUGGACUUCUCAAAGAAAGUUACCCGAGUGUGUGGUCCUCGUAACAUAAGAGGAGACAUAAAUGGCAACAUUGUGCCGGAGAAGAAUGAAACUCCAGAUUUUAGGGCAGGCGGGGACCUGGCCGAACAGUCCCUGGUGAAUAAACUGAUCCGCCGCGCUCUGGUGCGGAACAGAAACGAGGUGGAGGUCCUGCAGCGGGACCCCAGGUCUCCUCUGUACUCCGUGAAGUCUUUUGAGGAGUUGAGACUAACACCUGAACUGCUGAGGGGCGUGUACAACAUGGGAUUCAACAGGCCAUCAAGGAUUCAGGAGAAUGCUCUGCCCAUGAUGUUGGCACAGCCACCUCAGAAUCUGAUCGCCCAGUCCCAGUCUGGCACGGGUAAAACUGCUGCUUUUUCUCUGGCCAUGCUCAGCCAUGUAAACACAGAAAAUAAGUGGACUCAGUGCCUUUGCAUCUCGCCAACAUACGAGCUCGCUCUGCAGAUUGGUCAAGUAAUCGAGCAAAUGGGGACAUUUUGCCCUGAUGUCAAACUGGCCUACGGCAUUCGAGGAAACAGAAUGAACCGAGGCAUCAAGUUGCAGGAACAGAUUGUCAUUGGAACUCCAGGCACAGUGCUCGACUGGUGCACGAAGUACAAGCUUAUUGACCCCAACAAGAUUACUAUGUUUGUGCUUGACGAGGCUGAUGUGAUGAUCGCCACACAAGGUCAUCGGGACCAGAGCAUACGGAUCCAUAGACAGCUGACAAAGGACUGUCAGAUGCUCCUUUUCUCCGCAACCUUUGAGGAGUCUGUGUGGAGGUUUGCUGAGCAGGUGGUUCCUGAUCCCAAUAUCAUCAAGCUGAAGCGCGAAGAGGAGACACUGGACACCAUCAAACAGUUCUAUGUGAUCUGUAAUGAGAAGGAGGACAAGUUUGCAUCGCUCUGUAAUCUUUAUGGGAGCCUUACCAUUGCACAGGCCAUGAUCUUCUGCCAUACUCGCAAAAUGGCUUCUUGGCUGGCUUCAAAACUGAUCACAGAGGGGCAUCAGGUGGCGUUAUUGAGUGGGGAAAUGGAAGUGGCGCAGAGAGCUGCCGUCAUUGAACGCUUUAAGAAUGGCAAGGAGAAAGUACUUGUGACUACAAACGUGUGCUCCAGAGGUAUUGAUGUGGAACAAGUGUCGCUUGUGGUGAACUUUGACCUCCCUGUGAACAUGGAAGGGAUGGCUGACAAUGAGACGUACCUGCACCGGAUUGGCCGCACAGGACGCUUCGGCAGAAGAGGAUUUGCGGUCAAUAUGGUUGACAGCGACUGCAGCAUGGAUAUCGUCAAAGCAAUUGAGCAUCAUUCAGUAUACAGGAAAAUCUCCAAACUUGACACGAGUAAUCUCGAAGAAAUGGAAAAGCUGUCUAUCUGA